GUUUUUAAACAAUUACCUCGCACUGUUAAAUUAUCAUUAUACUAGGAGGAGGGUAUUGUGACGACUUUUUUCUUGCACGUAGGGACGGGGAUAGAAGUGCGCGAUUUUCGUCUUACGUUAUUUAUUUUUAGUUUCGUCUAGAACCACGCUGUAUAGACAAGCAUUUUUCUAAGUUAUUUAAAUAAAUGUGAAAUUUAUAUAAUUUUAUCUUUGAGUUAUAAUAUUUAUCAUGGACACAUCAUUUGUGGGAAUUUAUCCUGCGAAAAUAGUUUUAUAAACAAUUAUGUUUUUAAUAAUUGUGAACUUCCCUCACAUUGAAUAAAGUGAACGCCAUCUUAUAACACGUUAAACAACAGGAUGACGUUUACUCUAUGUUGUCUGCUCUAUGAAAUCACCAGUUUUGUGCAUUUGGAAUAAAAAGUAUCGUGAGAAAGUUGUGAUUAUUUUAAAACAGUUCACAGAGAUAGAUAACAAAAUCCACUGUCAUAUCAGAAAUAAAGAGGGGAUUGUCAACGAAGAGGAAUAAAUACAAGCUUCAAAUUAACUGGCAUUCAGUCGCAUGUCUAGUAUUGUAAACGUUUGUACAUAUAAACACCGUAAUUCUGAGACUUCAAUCAUAGUAAUAAUAUCUUAAAAACUACAACACAAACGUCAUGACAGAAAAAACAUUGCCCUUUUUAAUUACAUGGAUUUUUAUUAAACUUCAGCCAUCAAGUACUUGUCAUAGUAUUAGGCAAAGUAUAACGGAGAGCAGUGUUCAAAGUAAUUUCGAUGUUUAUUGGAAUGUGCCAACGUUUAUGUGUCAUAAGUAUGGUAUAUUUUUCGAAGAAGUGUCAAAAGACUUUAACAUCAAACAAAAUAAUAAAGAUCAAUUUCGAGGUGAUAAAUUUUUUAUUCUCUACGAUCCUGGAUAUUUUCCGGCUUUACUAAAGGAUGAAAAUGGUGAAAUCUGGAGAAGGAAUGGAGGAGUUCCCCAAGAGGGUAAUAUAACCCUUCAUCUUGAAUUAUUUAAAAAUCAUGUGGAAGAUCAAGUGCCUAAUAAAUCAUUUCAAGGUAUAGCUGUGAUUGAUUUUGAAAGCUGGAGACCAAUUUUUCGACAAAACUGGGCAUCACUAAAUCAAUAUCGUGAAAUUUCAAUUAAUAUUGAACGCAUAAGGCAUCCAUUCUGGAGUAACAAAUCCAUUAAGAAGGAAGCAAUAAAGAACUUUGAAUUUCACGGGAAAGAAUUUAUGCUACAAACUUUAAAACUUGCUAAAACUUUACGGCCCCUUGCCAAAUGGGGCUACUAUGCUUACCCUUAUUGUUUUAAUAAUAAUGAUCCCAAUUUAAAUUGUGAUCCAUUGGUUCAUGCUGAAAAUGAUAGAUUGAACUCGAUUUUUUCGGAACAACAUGUUUUAUUUCCAUCUGUAUAUUUGAGAAAAAGUUUUGAAGAAAACAAAAGAAUUGGUAUAAUAAGGGCAAGAAUAAGAGAAGCAAUUCGAAUUUCAAAAAAAAUGACUCAUUAUAAAAAUAUUUUUCCAUACUUCUGGUACAAGUACCAAGAUGAUUCCAAUAUAUUUAUAAACAAAAAAGACACUGAGAACGGAAUAAAGGAAUUUGUUAAUCAAGGAGCAGACGGUCUCGUAAUUUGGGGUAGUUCAAACGAUCUUACGAAUAAAAGCAAGUGUCAAAUGCUGAGAGAAUAUUUGAAAGAUGUAUUGGGACCAAUAGUGUCUAAUAUUAAAAUAAGUAAAAGGAAAGAGGAUUAUAUCACAUACAACAGCAGUUGUUUAAAUUAAUUUAUAUUAUUUAAAUUAUUUAUGACCAUUUUUACCAACGUCAAUUAAAAAUUAAUCAGUGAUAAAAGCAAGUUUAACCACCCAGGAUCACCUUCAGUUAAGAAUUUAAUAAUUGAUUAACUUUUAAUCAGUGUUCGUGAGAGAUGCCCUAAAUUUUAAGUUAUUUUUUUAUUCGUAAUUUAUAUUUAUAGAUGUUUCUAUGUUAGACAAGGAAUCUUCUAGAAUUUUUUUUACUUAACAAUAAUAAAUCUGACAAAUAUAUUUAACACAUUAAUGCCCAAAUGUGCUCUUUUAAAAUAUGAAUUUUUAAAUUUAUUUUGAUAAGACACAAGUUUCAAGUUAAAAAAUAAGUUUACAGACAGAAACUGCAUAAAAAAGUAAUACAAAUAAGUUUUUGAAAGAAUAUUGGAUGACAUAUUUCGAAAGAGACAUAUUUCCAAUACGUAUAAAAUGACACUUCAGAAAAAACCUUUCUUCUCAUUUGCAUCUUAACAGAGCUUGAAUCUGUGCAUUUGGGCGUUAAUGGCUUAAGAGUAGAAAAUUAUAGAAUACAGUAUUUGUUUAUAUAAAUAAAAUUAACACAAUGAGAAAAAUUAACUAUGAUAAGUAUUACUCAUUUUAAGACCGAGUUAUAAUAUAAUAGACAUUGUUGCAAGGAAUAAAAUAGUUUUAAAAACGAAACAGAAUUUUUUGUAAUUAUAUUAUUUCUGUAAUUAUAGAAAAAUUAUAGUUUUUAAACAAUAUGAAUGGAAUCUUUAAAAAUGCAAAUUAAAAAAAAAUGUUGAUAAUUUGUUCUUAACCCACGGAGAACACAUGGGUUCAUUCUGACCCCACGUUUUUUUAAGAAAAGCUUUUUAUCUAUUGUUUAAUAUUUUUUACAAAGGUUUUAAGGUAUACAGACUUUUUUUAUAGAGUUUAAACUAUAUUUUUUAAAAAUCCUUAGGUUUAUCAGAUGGAACAGUUCAAAAUUGAUUGAAAAUUGAAAAAUGAUCUAAAAAAAGUGUGUUCUCCGAAGGUUAAAUUAACUAUAAAUAAUAUUUUUAGUUAAACAUUUUUUUAAUAUUUAAUAAACAGCUGUCAUUUUUGUUUAUUACAGUUUCAUUAUGAAGAUUGUAUUAAUUUUUAUGUAACAUGC